UGCUUCCGGUCGGCGGAGGUGGGGACUGCGGCGUUGCGGGGCGGACUCCGGGUCGCGACCCCGACCCCUGCCCCGUUCGGCGACUUCGACCCCGACCCCCACCCGGGCCGUGACCCCCACCCGGUCAUACCCGUAUGGCCCGGCACGUGUUCCUGACGGGACCCCCAGGGGUUGGAAAAACAACGUUGAUCCAGAAAGUCAGUGAAGUUUUAAAGUCCUCUGGCGUGCCUGUCGACGGGUUUUAUACAGAAGAAGUCAGACAGGGAGGAAGAAGAAUAGGGUUCGAUGUUGUCACGUUGUCUGGCGCCCGCGGACCUUUAUCCAGGAUUGGGUCAGAGCUUCCGCCUGGAAAGCGUGAGUGCUGUGUUGGGCAGUAUGUGGUGGAUCUGACUUCCUUCGAGCAGCUGGUGCUUCCUGUCUUGAGGAAUGCAGGUCCUAGAGGUGGCCCGGGGCAGAGCGUGUGUGUCAUCGACGAGGUGGGGAAGAUGGAGCUCUUCAGUCAGCCGUUCAUCCAGGCCGUUCGCCAGGUGCUGUCCACCCUGGGGACUGUCGUCCUUGGCACCAUCCCAGUACCCAAAGGAAAACCGCUGGCCCUCGUGGAAGAGAUAAGAACCCGAAACGACAUUAAGGUGUUCAGUAAUAUAGGUGAGUUAUAGAAGCGAAGUUACACCUCUGCUGGAUGCCAAAGCAGACGUGCCUGCGGGGAGCCGCCCGAGGCGUCCGCCCCUCCUGCGGUGCCCUCCUCACCGGGCGCCGGGGCCUUGCCAGCAUCAGCCGGCAGGCAGCAGUGCUCUGGGCCUGAGCGCAUCUCCCCCAGGGCGAUGAGGGUGCAGAGGCAAGUGAGUGCCGUCUCCUUUUAAAGGUCUCCCUCUGAAACUGGCUGCCUCCUGCUGUGGGGAGAAGCUGCGGCUACAGUUUGAAGCACAGUCUCCGAUGCUGUAGAGUAGCACCGUCCAGAGAAGUGUCCACGAGGGUGGAAGUGUGCUGUCUGCAGCGUGCAGUGCCGUGGCCAUCAGCCACACGGGACGAUUUACAUUUAAACUAAACGGAAUUAAGUUAGAGAAAUCUUUUCCUCAGUCACACUGGCCACGUGUCAGGUACCCAGCUGGUAAGACACCCUGCCCAGAACAGGUGAAUCAGGCUCUGGGCGCGGCCCAGGAACUUGUCUUCGCCAGCCCUCGGGGGCUCUGGGGCCCCUGCAGUGGGAGAAGCCCUGGGGUGGAGCAUGUGUGGAGGACGCGUACGUCAGGGGCAGCGUCUGGGCCGGUUGUCAGGGGCUCUGGUGGCACUGCUGGCGCUUUGCCCGCAGACUUGCCCGUCUCUCCCGCCGUCUCUCUGUGCCCCUCUUUGUCAGGCACUGUCCUCCCUGUGCCGCCUCGGUUGGUUUGCAUCAGUGCGGCCACAUCGCUCUGCUGUCCCUCUCCGCCAGCCCUCUGCCGGCGCCAGGUGAAACAGUGGGGCUGGCAGGGCCACUUCUGUGGGAGGGCUGGGCGUGUGCUCUAGCUGCAGAGAGCCAGUGAGCGCCUCACACCGCUGGUUACUUGUCCCCAGGGCCGGCUGGCCCCAGGGGGACAUCCCCACGUUGUCACCCAAGUGUCCAGGGUACCUUUGGGGCAGCAGACAGCCGCCAGGAUGAUUAGCCCAGCCAGACUUGGAGGAAUCUGUUUGCGCGCUGCUGCAUUCGUUUAUCCUCUCACUUGGUAGAUACGGAUUGAGCAUCUCCUGUGCGCUGGGCCUCACACUACGUCUUGGUGGUGAACCAGACAGACCGCGUCUUUGUCCUCAUGGAGCCGACAUUCUCAUGGAGGGGCUCGAUGAGAGAAACGCAAGCAAGCAUGUAGGCAAUGGCAGAUGUGGAUAAAUGCAACACCAGGGCACGGUGGUCCCUGGGGACCGGCGGUGGGGGAGGAGGUGGCGAACCGGGGAGGCCUGAGAGCCAGGCAGGGUCACUUCCUCGGUGGACAUGGGCCUUGUCUGCGGAGUUGUAUGUCACCUCCUCUAUCCGUUAUUUCACGUGGCUUCCGUAUUAGAGUCUUUGGUUGUGAUUGUCGAGUUUCUGUGGAAAUAGACACGAUGGAUAAUGAGAGAUCAUGAAAGACAAUUAGUCUUCAGGUCAGACAGCUUCCAGGCUGGAGGGCUGGGGAAGCGCUGAUGCUAAAGUCCAAGGCCUGGCUGUCUCUGCAGACUAAUAACCCAGCAGUGGGACUGCGGUUGACUCUCACGUCCAGAAACCAGUGCUGUAUAUUAAGACAACACCACAUUUUCUCCUCUCUAAGCUAGGAGGUUAUUCUCUAGGCAAGGUAAUCCUGGCUCCUAAUGAUGUAAAGUGAUUAGCUUCUGGUUAAUUCUGUAAGCGACCCCGUUAUUCUUGUCUUUCUUGUGUUCCUCUGGGGCUCGUGUGAUCUUUUGGUGCGUAUUUUAUAAAUGAAGAAUCUUAUUUUCCUUAUCUGCAAAUUUAGGGGCUGGAUUAGAUACUUCUUUGGUCCUUUCCCUUUCUAAUAUGCAGCAAAGUCACCUGAA